UGGGGGCGCAUGGAAGGUGGGCGGGGGGUGGUGUCCCGGUUACACGCAUCCAGAGGGGCCGAGGACCCCAGGGAAGCUCGUCGGGGGAAACCGAGUCCUCGGGAACGGGAGUGACCCUCGUGGGCUCCGAAGUCCCGACUGGGCCACUCCGGAUCGGGCAUCGGGUUCCGCCUCCGCGAAAUGGGCCACUGGCGCUGGCCGCGGUCCGGAACGGCUGGCCGCGCGGCCGAGGGGCUGGAGGGCCGGGGGCGCCGAAGGGGUUAACGCACCUGGGCCGCCGCGGCCCCUGCCGGCCCCUCCUCCGGCCGCGGGGAAGAGGAAAGUCGCGGCGGGGGCGCGGCCCAGCCUUCGCUCCCGCCCGCCUCGUCCCGGUCCCCGCCCGCCGUCCCCGAGCCGCGACGCCGAGAGCUGCGACCCGCGCGCCCUGCUCCGCCGCCGCCCGGGUCCGGGCCGCCAUGUCUCUAUGGAAGAAAACCGUCUACAAGAGCGUGUGCCUGUCCCUGGCCCUGCUUGUGGCCGUAACAGUAUUCCAGCGCAGUCUGACCCCCCACCAGUUUCUGCAAGAGCCCCCGCCGCCCACCCGAGAGCCACAAAAGGCCCAGAACCCAAGCGGACACCUAGUGAACCCCAACAGCUUCUGGAAGAACACCAAGGACAUGGCUGCCGCCACACCCAUGGCCCCACCAGGGCCCCAGACUUGGGACAUCAGCUCCACUAACUGCUCGGCGAAUAUCAACAUGACCCAGCAGCCCUGGUUCCAGGGCCUGGAGCCCCACUUCCAGCAGUUUCUGACCUACCGUCACUGCCGGUACUUCCCCAUGCUGCUAAACCACCCGGAGAAGUGCCGCGGCGCUGUCUACCUGCUGGUGGUGGUCAAGUCGGUCAUCACGCAGCACGACCGCCGCGAGGCCAUCCGCCAGACGUGGGGCCGGGAGCAGGAGUCGGGGGUCGGCGGCCGCGGCGCCCUGCGCACCCUCUUCCUGCUGGGCACGGCCUCCAAGCAGGAGGAGCGUGCGCACUACCAGCAGCUGCUGGCCUACGAGGACCGCCUCUACGGGGACAUCCUGCAGUGGGACUUUCUGGACAGCUUCUUCAACCUGACCCUCAAGGAGAUCCACUUCCUCAAGUGGUUUGACAUCUACUGCCCCCACGUCCAGUUCAUCUUCAAGGGCGACGACGAUGUCUUCGUCAACCCCACCAACCUGCUCGAAUUUCUGGCUGACCGGCAGCCUCAGGAAGACCUGUUCGUGGGCGACGUCCUGCAGCGCGCUCGGCCCAUCCGCAAGAAGGACAACAAAUACUACAUCCCGGGGGUCCUGUACAGCAAGGCCAGCUACCCCCCGUACGCGGGCGGCGGCGGCUUCCUCAUGGCGGGCGGCCUGGCCCGGCGCCUGCGCCAAGCCUGCGACACCCUGGAGCUGUACCCCAUCGACGACGUCUUCCUGGGCAUGUGUCUGGAGGUGCUGAGCGUGCAGCCCACAGCCCACGAGGGUUUCAAGACUUUCGGCAUCACCCGGAACCGCAACAGCCGCAUGAACAAGGAGCCCUGCUUCUUCCGCUCCAUGCUCGUGGUGCACAAGCUGCUGCCCCCCGAGCUGCUGGCUAUGUGGGGGCUGGUGCACGGCAACCUCACCUGCGCCCGCAACCUGCAGGUGCUCUGACCGCAGCCAGACCGCGGGGAGAGGCGGGGCCACGGGUUCUUGAGCCCCAGGCAGGCUGGACAGAGACCUUGGGCCUCCCCCACCCCGCAACAGGGAGGUGGGGGGUGGGGGGGGUUGGAGCUUUGUGUGGCCCCAGGGUGUGAUGGGGCGCAGUUAGCCAGAAGGGGGCCUCCCUGCGUGGACCUUACCCAGAAAGUGGAGCUGAGGCCCGGGAACCUUUGUAACUGCCUCGCCUGCGGCAGGUUGUCUUGGGAGCAAGACCCGCGGCCACUCGUAACCCUCCUAACCUGGGUUCCCUGCUUGGCUCCCUGUGACCUGGUGGCAGGCCCUGGUGGCCUCUGAAGGAACCCCGUGCUCAGGUACCCGGGUUAGGCCUGGCCCUGGAUGGGUCAGGGGUGGCCCUCUUGUCUUCGCAGAGAGGAUUCUCCUCCCUUGAAAUGCCUCAGUCUCCCCCCACGGGCCCAAGCAGCCCUUUCAGGAGAAGCUCAACCCUGUGCAGGCUCACAGGCCCCCAAGGUCCGUCCCCCCUCCCCCCCCAACCCCGCGCCCCUGGGUCUCCAGGAGAUGGGAGCUGGAAGGCCCUCAGCACCACCCCCGCCCCCAGACCUGGAGUUGCUGCCCGGUCUCUGCUCGCAGGUGGCUUCACUCCUAGCUGUGUCUGGAAGCACGGCUGGCCGCCCCGACUACCUCAGCAAUGCCCAGAACCUCCGGAUGGGCUGCAGCCCCGCCCCGCACCCCGACAUAGGGCCAGGGAGCAGUGCUCCAGUCCCCGCAGUCACAGUGCUACCCAGCCGCCGAGGGCCUCGUGCGGUCCCACCGAGGCCAGCUCCCCAGCCGGAAGGCAGCCGGUUUGGCCCUGAGAUGGACAUUCCUCUAUUACUGUGAAGUUUUAUUUAUGAAGAAUUUGGAGGGAGAGAGUGCCAGGCCUCGGGAGAUGGUGGUGGUCUUUCUUUCCCUUCCCUCAUUCCAGCAAGAUACCACCUCCCUCGGCCACUCACCCCCCCCACCCAGGGCACCCCCAUGCCUGUUUCAGUCCCCCUCCGGAACCCUGCCUUCCCUGCCUGCCUACUUCUCCAGGGCCUGAGCAGACCAGCAUGGGCCCCUGUGAAGGGAUGGAGUGAACCCUCAGGCGUCCUUGGCAAUGGGUACAGAAGGAUGCCACCUCAUAUCAGGGUGGAGGCACCUGGGAAAAGAGUGAGGGAUCAACACUAUUUUCUCAAUAAAAGGGGGCUGGUUUUUCUGG